AUGGGUAAAAAAGUGCCUGUGGUGUGUGGGUUCCUGGUGGCGUUCCUGGUGGUUCUUACCCAGGGAGAACCUGUCCUGAUUGAACGUGAACUAGUCAACACAGUGGAUCGUAUUGCGAACGAAGUGCACGAGAAUGCCUUCGCAGUGGAAGAGGAGGCCGUGGCUGCAGACAAGUUCCUCGCGCAGGCUGAUUCCGUGAGUCCGUUCCUGGUGGGUGGUGGACCGGCGUUGGCUGGCGCUUUCCCGGCCCAGGUUGCGGUACAGAUCGGUACGGCUGCGUUCUGCGGUGGUUCGAUCCUGAACCAAAAUCACAUCCUAACGGCGGCCGGUUGCGUGCUGGACGCGAACAAUCAUCUCAUCGCCGCCAACCAGGUUACGGUGCGCGCCGGUGUACUGGUCGUAGAUCAAAACGCACCAGUUAUGGCGGUGAAUCGGAUCUUCCCCCAUCCGCAGUACAACCCGUGGACGUUCGAGAAUGAUAUUGCGGUGCUGCGGCUCACGAACAACAUCGUGUUUCCGCAGGUCGCUCUGCCGAACAUGGCACCGGCCGAGCUGAAUCUUCGGAUCGUGCCAGACUCCACGGUGUGCCAGGUGCUUGGGUGGAACUGGCAGCAGGCUGCCCAGAACGUACCGCUGCAGGUGUUGAAUGUGCAGUAUUCACCGCGCACUACCUGCAACGCCCAGCACCAGGGCAUGCUGCACGACUCGAUGGCCUGCACCGUGCUGAAUCAGGCCACGCACGGUGUCUGUGCCCCGAACCGAGGCGGUGGGCUGUACUGUAACGAUCGGCUGACCGGCAUCAUCUCGUUCGGGUUUGGCUGCGGUACGAACAACACGUACACGGUGUACACGCAGGUGCGGUACUAUCACCACUGGAUUCAGCAGCAGUUCGGCCGUACGGAUACGCCCGUAGCCGGGCCAACGCCAAUGCCGGGCGUUGUCGGUGGUGGCGGCGGUGGUGGCACUGCCAGCUCCAUCACACUGUCCCUGGCAACCGUGCUGGUGGCGAUCGUAGCAGCCCUCCUCCUCAACUAG